AUGGACGUGGACGUGGACGUGGACGUGGACGUGGACGUGGACGUGGACGUGGACGUGGACGUGGACAUGGACGUGGACGUGGACGUGGACAUGGACGUGGACGUGGACGUGGACGUGGACUGGACGUGGACGUGGACAUGGACGUGGACGUGGACGUGGACGUGGACGGACGUGGACGUGGACGUGGACGUGGACGUGGACGUGGACGUGGACGUGGACGUGGACGUGGACGUGGACAUGGACGUGGACAUGGACGUGGACGUGGACGUGGACGUGGACGUGGACGUGGACGUGGACGUGGACGUGGACAUGGACGUGGAUGGACGUGGACGUGGACGUGGAGUGGACAUGGACGUGGACGUGGACGUGGACGUGGACGUGGACAUGGACGUGGACGUGGACGUGGAGGACGUGGACGUGGACGUGGACGUGGACGUGGGUGGACGUGGACGUGGACGUGGACGUGGAGACGUGGACGUGGACAUGGACGUGGACGUGGACGUGGACGUGGACGUGGACAUGGACGUGGACGUAGACCUACACCUGGGCGCGGACGUGGACAUGGACGUGGACGUGGACGUGGACGUGGACGUGGACAUGGACGUGGACGUGGACGUGGACGUGGACGUGGACGUGGACGUGGACAUGGACGUGGACAUGGACGUGGACGUGGACGUGGACGUGGACAUGGACGUGGACGUGGACGUGGACGUGGACAUGGACGUGGACGUGGACGUGGACGUGGACGUGGACGUGGACGUGGACGUGGACGUGGACAUGGACGUGGACGUGGACGUGGACGUGGACGUGGACGUGGACGUGGACAUGGACGUGGACGUGGACGUGGACAUGGACGUGGACGUGGACGUGGACGUGGACAUGGACGUGGACGUGGACGUGGACGUGGACGUGGACGUGGACACGUGGACGUGGACGUGGACGUGGACGUGGACAUGGACGUGGACAUGGACGUGGACGUGGACGUGGACAUGGACGUGGACGUGGACGUGGACAUGGACGUGGACGUGGACGUGGACAUGGACGUGGACUGGACGUGGACGUGGACGUGGACGUGGACGUGGACGUGGACGUGGACAUGGACGUGGACGUGGACGUGGACAUGGACGUGGACGUGGACAUGGACGUGGACGUGGACGUGGACGUGGACGUGGACAUGGACGUGGACGUGGACGUGGACGUGGACGUGGACGUGGACGUGGACGUGGACGUGGACGUGGACGUGGACGUGGACGUGGACGUGUGGACAUGGACGUGGACGUGGACGUGGACGUGGACAUGGACGUGGACGUGGACAUGGACGUGGACGUGGACGUGGACGUGGACAUGGACGUGGACGUGGACGUGGACAUGGACGUGGACGUGGACGUGGACGUGGACGUGGACGUGGACGUGGACGUGGACGUGGACGUGGACGUGGACGUGGACGUGGACGUGGACGUGGACGUGGACGUGGACGUGGACGUGGACGUGGACGUGGACGUGGACGUGGACGUGGACGUGGACGUGGACGUGGACGUGGACGUGGACGUGGACGUGGACGUGGACGUGGACGUGGACGUGGACGUGGACGUGGACGUGGACGUGGACGUGGACGUGGACGUGGACGUGGACAUGGACGUGGACGUGGACGUGGACGUGGACGUGGACAUGGACGUGGACGUGGACGUGGACGUGGACGUGGACGUGGACAUGGACGUGGACGUGGACGUGGACGUGGACAUGGACGUGGACGUGGACAUGGACGUGGACGUGGACGUGGACGUGGACGUGGACGUGGACGUGGACGUGGACGUGGACAUGGACGUGGACGUGGACGUGGACGUGGACAUGGACGUGGACAUGGACGUGGACGUGGACGUGGACAUGGACGUGGACAUGGACGUGGACAUGGACGUGGACGUGGACGUGGACGUGGACAUGGACGUGGACGUGGACGUGGACGUGGACGUGGACGUGGACGUGGACGUGGACGUGACGUGGACGUGGACGUGGACGUGGACGUGGACGUGGACGUGGACGUGGACGUGGAUGGACGUGGACGUGGACGUGGACAUGGACGUGGACGUGGACGUGGACAUGGACGUGGACGUGGACAUGGACGUGGACGUGGACAUGGACGUGGACGUGGACGUGGACGUGGACAUGGACGUGGACGUGGACGUGGACAUGGACGUGGACGUGGACGUGGACAUGGACGUGGACAUGGACGUGGACGUGGACGUGGACAUGGACGUGGACGUGGACGUGGACGUGGACGUGGACGUGGACGUGGACGUGGACAUGGACGACGUGGACGUGGACGUGGACGUGGACGUGGACGUGGAGGACGUGGACGUGGACGUGGAGGACGUGGACGUGGACAUGGACGUGGACGUGGACGUGGACGUGGACGUGGACGUGGACAUGGACGUGGACGUGGACGUGGACGUGGACGUGGACGUGGACGUGGACGUGGACGUGGACGUGGACGUGGACUGGACGUGGACGUGGACGUGGACGUGGACGUGGACAUGGACGUGGACGUGGACGUGGAUAGGACGUGGACAUGGACGUGGACGUGGACGUGGACGUGGACGUGGACAUGGACGUGGACGUGGACGUGGACAUGGACGUGGACGUGGACGUGGACGUGGACAUGGACGUGGACGUGGACGUGGACGUGGACAUGGACGUGGACGUGGACGUGGACAUGGACGUGGACGUGGACGUGGACGUGACGUGGACGUGGACAUGGACGUGGACGUGGACGUGGACGUGGACAUGGACGUGGACGUGGACAUGGACGUGGACGUGGACGUGGACAUGGACGUGGACGUGGACGUGGACGUGGACAUGGACGUGGACGUGGACGUGGACAUGGACGUGGACGUGGACGUGGACGUGGACAUGGACGUGGACAUGGACGUGGACGUGGACGUGGACAUGGACGUGGACGUGGACGUGGACAUGGACGUGGACAUGGACGUGGACGUGGACGUGGACAUGGACGUGGACGUGGACGUGGACGUGGACGUGGACGUGGACAUGGACGUGGACGUGGACGUGGACAUGGACGUGGACGUGGACGUGGACAUGGACGUGGACGUGGACAUGGACGUGGACAUGGACGUGGACGUGGACGUGGACGUGGACGUGGACGUGGACGUGGACGUGGACGUGGACGUGGACAUGGACGUGGACGUGGACGUGGACGUGGACGUGGACGUGGACGUGGACAUGGACGUGGACGUGGACGUGGACGUGGACGUGGACGUGGACGUGGACAUGGACGUGGACGUGGACGUGGACGUGGACGUGGACGUGGACGUGGACGUGGACGUGGACGUGGACGUGGACGUGGACGUGGACGUGGACGUGGACGUGGACGUGGACGUGGACGUGGACGUGGACGUGACGUGGACGUGGACGUGGACGUGGACGUGGACGUGGACGUGGACGUGGACGUGGACGUGGACAUGUGGACGUGGACGUGGACGUGGACGUGGACGUGGACGUGACGUGGACGUGGACGUGGACGUGGACGUGGACGUGGACGUGGACGUGGACGUGGACGUGGACGUGGACGUGGACGUGGACGUGGACGUGGACGUGGACGUGGACGUGGACGUGGACGUGGACAUGGACGUGGACGUGGACGUGGACGUGGACGUGGACGUGGACGUGGACGUGGACAUGGACGUGGACGUGGACGUGGACAUGGACGUGGACGUGGACGUGGACAUGGACGUGGACAUGGACGUGGACGUGGACGUGGACAUGGACGUGGACAUGGACGUGGACGUGGACAUGGACGUGGACGUGGACGUGGACAUGGACGUGGACAUGGUCGACGUGGACGUGGACGUGGACGUGGACGUGGACAUGGACGUGGACGUGGACGUGGACGUGGACGUGGACGUGGACGUGGACGUGGACAUGGACGUGGACGUGGACGUGGACGUGGACAUGGACGUGGACGUGGACGUGGACGUGGACAUGGACGUGGACAUGGACGUGGACGUGGACGUGGACGUGGACAUGGACGUGGACGUGGACGUGGACAUGGACGUGGACGUGGACGUGGACGUGGACGUGGACGUGGACGUGGACGUGGACGUGGACGUGGACGUGGACGUGGACGUGGACGUGGACGUGGACGUGGACGUGGACGUGGACGUGGACGUGGACAUGGACGUGGACAUGGACGUGGACAUGGACGUGGACGUGGACGUGGACGUGGACAUGGACGUGGACGUGGACGUGGACGUGGACGUGGACGUGGACGUGGACGUGACGUGA